GGCCAUGAUCUGCCACAUUAGUGGGCUGGGCCUGACCUGGCCCGGCCCACUCUAGAGAAUGGGCGGGCUACACGUGAAUUACAUGACCGAGUGACACAUAAUACAGCCGAAAGAAGAAAUGGGUCGGACGCCGACUGGACUGUCCUGUUCCGAAGUCUGACAGUGUCGCAGCAAAGUUUUCUUCGUUUGUCCGGCAGCGAAGCGCAAAGGACAGCCAUUGAAGCGCAGACGACCUCGACCUCAACCCGAGAGCCCUCACUAAUCAUCACCAUGAGCACCAAUUAUCCUCCCCCACCGCACCAGAGCCUUAACCCGUUCGGUUUUCUGGUCUCCGUUUCGCCCUUCCCUUUGGCCUGAUCCCGUCGGUUAGCAUUUCUCUAUCCAUCUCUCUCUCUCUCAUCGGUCUUCGGUCAUUUUUUAAUCGCCUGGUCAUUGGAAGGAAUAUAUGCUGGAAUUUGUGUUUCCUUCCAAUUGGCUGAACUUGGAGUUCACUCCUACCCUUUGGGUGCUGCUGAAAAUCUCUCGGAAGAGGGAGCAAAAGGUCUCCUCCUUUUAGGCGAAGCUCCGGUCAACUGGGUGUCUCAAGAAUGCCCCUCGGCUGACGCGGGCUUUAUCUCCUGGUGUCUCCAGCCUUGCAUUCGACGUCACUACUGCUCUCUUAUCUCGGUCAUCUCCUGGGGUCGAAUCUUUUCUACUUUCGAAGAAUUGCGUCUGACGAAGACUUGAUAAUAUGGCCUCUGCAUAUGGCUUUGCUUCUCCCACGAAAUUGAGGUUUUUGCCUUUGCCUUCCUUUUCGCAUCAACCGGCUGCGAAUCAGCUUUUUCCGACAUGUAAGCGGAAUUGCGCCGUGGCUUGUUAUCUGAGAAUGCCGUCGAGAAUUCGCGGCCGUAAAAAUCACCCCUUUUUCACCGCUGGACCGAGGAGGUUCCCCAGAUUCUCGCUGAGCAAGUCUCUGGAAUUGGAGGAAUUCGUGACGAGCGACGAUGAAGAUGAAAUGGGCGAUGGGUUCUUCGAGGCGAUCGAGGAAUUGGAGCGGAUGACGAGGGAGCCGUCUGAUGUUCUCGAGGAGAUGAAUGACCGUCUCUCGGCGCGGGAAUUGCAGUUAGUGCUUGUGUACUUCUCUCAAGAGGGGAGGGACUCGUGGUGUGCGCUCGAGGUUUUUGAGUGGUUGAAGAAGGAGAAUAGGGUUGAUAAGGAGACCAUGGAGCUCAUGGUUGCGCUAAUGUGCGGUUGGAUGAAGAAGUUGAUCGAAGGAGCGCAUGAUGUCGGUGAUGUGGUCAACCUCCUGGUCGACAUGGACUGUGUCGGCUUAAAGCCUAGCUUUAGCAUGAUUGAGAAGGUGAUUUCAUUGUAUUGGGAGGUCGCAAAGAAGGACGAGGCAAUUCUGUUCGUCAAGGAAGUGUUGAGGCGUGGCAUUGCUUAUUCAGAUAAUGAUGGUGAGGGUCAUAAAGGAGGCCCAACUGGGUAUCUGGCUUGGAAGAUGAUGGUUGAUGGCAAGUACAGGGAUGCUGUCAAAUUGGUGAUACAUCUCAGAGAAUCAGGGCUAAGGCCAGAGGUUUACAGCUACCUCAUUGCAAUGACUGCUGUUGUUAAAGAGCUAAAUGAAUUUGCUAAAGCCUUGCGCAGGCUGAAAGGACUUGCUAAGGAUGGUUUGAUAGCUAAUCUUGAUGUUGAAAACGUUGUGCUAAUUGAUAAAUAUCAGUCAGAUCUCCUGGCUGAUGGCGUCUGCUUAUCCAAAUGGGUCAUAGAAGAGGGAGGCUCCUCUCUUCAUGGAGUGGUUCAUGAGAGGCUUCUUGCCAUGUAUAUAUGUGCUGGUCAUGGCCUUGAAGCAGAAAGACAACUUUGGGAAAUGAAGCUUGUGGGUAAGGAAGCUGAUAGUGACCUUCAUGACAUUGUUUUAGCUAUCUGUGCUUCCCAGAAGGAGGUCAAUGCUAUAGGACGCUUGCUUACUAGACAGACUGCUAGUUCAAUGCGGAAGAAAAGAACCUUCUCAUGGUUGUUGAGAGGUUAUAUUAAAGGUGGACACUUUGAUGACGCUGCUGAUGCUCUAAUUAAAAUGCUUGACUUGGGUGUGUAUCCAGACUAUUUGGAUCGGGCAGCUGUGCUGCAGGGCUUGAGAAGUAGAAUUCAACAAUCAGGAGAUGUGGGUGCUUAUCUCAAGCUUUGCAAAUGCCUUUCCGAUGCCAAUUUGAUUGGACCUUGUCUGGUUUAUGUCUAUGUUAAGAAACAUAAGCUUUGGAUCGUGCGGAUGCUUUAAAUGGUUCAGAUAAAGAGCUCAGAGACUCCUAUAUAUCACUUUAUGUUUGGGGUCAAUGACUUCUUAAGAUACAGCGCUACAUGCAAGUUGUUUAGCCACGGUUUCUCGAUUUGUAAAUUUUGUACAAUGUAUCAGUGUCCUUGGUUACGAAAUGAACGCAUUUUCUACACGGUGGUGUCUGUAAACAUGAGGAAUUGUUCGGUAUAUAUUUUGUCUAAUACAUAAAUACAUGAGCUACGACCUACAGGUAUAUUUUAGCAUUA